UACUUUUUUUGAAAAACCUUCAAAUAUGUAAAAUAAUUCAGAUUUUCCAGCGGCCAGUUGCAUAAAGUAGUGGCAGGUGCCGAUGAUACAGGUUUCAUGAUACAAUGGACGUAGACAAACCCUUUGCUCUGGGACGUAACAUACACUUCACACAUACUGUAUGUUCUUGACCUUUACAUUAAAAUGAAAUAGUGCCUGUACUUACAUCCUGAAAAUGCCGGUUUUAACUCGACAGACCACUCCGAACUCGCCAUUGCUCUAUUUGAUUCUCGUGUGGCUUUUUUGCAGUACAGCUGCAUCUGAAGCAUCGUAAGUGGUCAGCUUCUAGAAGCUUUAUCUACCUCUUCAUGCACUUUAAAAUGUUGGCAUGGCUACUCAUCAGCAGUAUUAAUGCUGGCGGAGCAGUUAAAAAUAUCCAUCCCAUCCAUCCAUUUUCUAUACCGCAUGUCCUCCCUAGGGUUGUGGGUAUUCUGGAGCCUAUUUCUGUCUUUGGGCGACAGGUGCGUUACACCCUGGACUGGUUGCCAUGCAGCCAAUUGGCAGCAGGGCACAUAGAGACAAACAACCAUUCACACUCACAUUCACACCUAUGGACAAUUUAGUGUCUCCAAUUAACCUAUAUUUCAUGUAUGUUAUUUAUGUACAGUAUGCAAGUAUGUAUGUAUGUAUAUUUUUGGAAUGUUGGAGGAAGCCGGAGUACCCGGAGAGAACCCACGCAGGCACGGGGAGAACAUGCAAACUCCACACAGAAAUGUUCCAACUGAGAUAUGAACCCACCACCUCCUGACUGAGGUUUACUUGGCUGACAAAUUGAUGUCCAGUGCUUCCUCCUGCCGUAACAUGGAGCCCUUUUGUCAAGGCUGCUCAUCAAACAUCUCCAAAGCGCUCAACAACACCAGUGUACCCCCCAGCAACACCACUGACCUCAACGCUGAAAUCAACCUCUCUGACAUCCUGGGACCCAAACGCUCUCCCUUCUUCUUCCCAGUCUUCAGCGUUUACCUCCUCAUCUUCCUGAUUGGCGUGAGUGGCAAUCUGCUCACCUGUGCAGUCGUGGCCAAGCACAAGAAGAUGCGCAACCCCACCAACCUCUACUUGGUCAGCCUGGCCAUGUCCGACCUGCUCAUGCUAGCCUUCGGGAUGCCGUUGGAGAUCUAUGACCUGUGGCAGAACUACCCGUUCCCCUUCGGUGAGGGCGGCUGCUACUUCAAGACCUUCAUCUUCGAGACGGUGUGCUUUGCCUCCAUCCUAAAUGUCACGGCUCUAAGCGUGGAGAGGUACAUCGCUGUGGUGCAUCCACUCAAGACCCGCUACCUCACCACCAAGCGGCACUCCAAGAGGGUCAUUUCCAUGGUGUGGGCCGCGUCCAUGGUGUGCGCUAUUCCCAACACCUCGCUGCACGGCAUCUUCUACCUGCCGGGCAGGAUGCGGGAGUCGGCCAUAUGCGCGGUGGUGAAGCCCCUGUGGAUCUACAACAUGCUGAUGCAGAUCACCACCGUAUGCUUCUUUUUCGUGCCCAUGAUGGUGAUCAGUGUACUGUACCUGGUCAUGGGCCUUCACUUGGUCAGGGAGAGGCGGCGGCGGAGCGGCAACUUCGGGAAGAAGUGGAGGGGCGACUCCCGAGUCAAAAUCCACGAGGAGGGCGGUCGGCGGAUGCAAAUAGUCAAGAUGCUCUCCAUCGUGGUUGCAGUGUUUGGUGUCUGCUGGGCACCUUUUCAUGUGGAGCGCCUGCUGUGGAGUUCCAUCCACCAGUGGACUGACCUGAUGCACAACAUCUACCAGUACGUGCACAUCCUGUCAGGGGUCCUCUUCUACCUCAGUUCGGCGGUCAACCCGGUCAUCUACAGCCUGAUCUCCACGCGAUUCCGGGAGUGCUUCCGGGAGCUUGUGUGCUCCCAGAUGGAGGACAGCUACUCGGAACGAGGCUCGCCGCCGCUCCCCAAGACUCUACCGGUUCCCUCCAUCGCCAUGGCCCAGAUUGUGGAGCAGAACUCCAACUCACUCAUCCCCUUAUUGUCUCCUCCUACGACACGAGGCUUUGACGCCACACGUCCAUGUGAGGAGACGGCCCACAGGACCUCGGUGUUCUGACAUGUCGUUAGAACAGGUGGUAUACUGUCUUGGUAGUGAUGUGGCCUGUUUCACACAGGGAUCCUGCAAAAUAGCUGCAUCAGAAAUACAUUACGCACCUUUGCCUUUUACACAGAACCCAGCUCAGGUGGGAUAUUGCUGCAACAGCUUGACAAAAUUAUUGUAAACACUUUGUAAACAAUGUAAAAAGAUCUAAACAACUGUCAAUCACAGGCCGACACACACAAUCAGCCCCUUUCACACUUCCCUUAAACGUCAGUUUUUUUCUCGGAUUUUUAGCAUGUCGCUUUUCUGUGUCGAAUAAGAGCUGUAACAAAGGUGGGCUGGUGCCUGUGUGAAAGGGAAACGUGCAAUGCCGCAACAGGGGUUGGAAGUUUCACACUGAACUGUAACUUUUCACGUCCUGUUGUGUUGAAAGAUCUCUGUGUGAAAGAGGCUAUAAAAGACACACUACCAAGGCUGAAGACCUUUUGUAAACAUUGAAGACAAUUAAGGGGCCAUGCAAAUGAGACUAUUUAACUGAAUUUUUUUUAUUUUGUCCGUUUGUUCAUAUGUUCAUAUAGUCCGUUUGUUCACAUAGACAUCAGAAACUGAAAAUGGCUGUACCGUAAGUUUUAAUGUUUUUUGUUCAAUUGCUAAAAAACGAUGAUCUGUUAAAAUGGAUUUGCAUGUUACGUGUUCUGCACUUCCAUCCAUUCAUUUUCUAUGCCACUUAUCCUCAUUAGGAUCACGGGGGUAUACUGGCACCUAUCCCAGCUGACUUUGGGCGAGAGGCGGGGUACACCCUGGACUGGUCGCCAGUCAAUCGCAGGGCACACAGAGACAAACAGCCAUUGGCUAUGGAAAACUUAGAGUCGUCAAUUAACGUAACAUGCAUGUUUUUGGAAUGUGGGAGGAAUGCACGCACGGGGAGAACAUGCAAACUCCACACAUGCCCAAGCGGAGAUUUGAACCCAGAUCUUCCCGAUCUCCUGACUGUGUGGCCAACAUGCUAACCACUCAGACAGUGUUCUGUACUUGACAGUCAAAAAACAAAACAAUGGCGGAACACAGCCCUUUUCUUGAAGCAUUUGUGCUUAUAACAUGUCUCCAGGAAAGUGUGCAUUUUGCUAAUGUGGCACCUUAUUUACCAAAGCAUUCGUCCACAUGCCGAUAAACAGUAUUUCAGUGACCGUUUUAGUUUUUCUUCACAAUGUGACGCCGCCAACUACUGGCCUGGAAUGCAUGUUGUCAUCUGUCGUCUCACUGAGCCAAUAUGUUGUUGGACUGCGGGAGAAAGACAGAGUAGCUGGAGAAUAAACACGCAAACACAGGCACAACAGUUCGAACAUACUCCGCACAGAAAUUACCAACACAGAUUAGAAAAAUUAGAACUGCAAACAAAUGCAAACAAAAAGGGUGCCAGAUGAACUUCAUAAACUCAGCAGUUUUGACUCCAAAGACUAGAGUCAAAGCACUACUUUCCUGCUUGUUGUUCAUGAGCUGACUCCCCUUUACAAUUACUCAGAAGAGCGUUUUUUUGCUUUGUGUUGCCUAAUGUAAUGACGUUGCUUGCAUAUUUCACCUGCCUGCUAACAAGCCAGAUCCAAUCGGACAAUAAUGUCAAAUAACGUCAUGAUACUUGUUCCUUGUUGGGGAAAAAAAAGCAUACAAAGGGAAGUCCUCUUGUAAGUAAUGUUUCACUGUGAGCUUGUUUUGUCUUGUGGCGAUUUAAGUGUACAUGU